CCAGGCAGUCCUCCAGAACACAUUCAAACAAUCAUUGAUCCGGAUAAUCGUGUGACAAUCUUGUGGAUGGAACCGAAAUUUCCGAAUGGCGCCAUUACGGGUUACAAGCUAUACCUAACAUCAGAUCCGAAUCAGCCGAUCGACCAAUGGCAAGUUUAUGACAUUGGUCCAGAUGAUGAACCAAAAUUGAUAAUCGAGCGUGGCAGACUGCUUCCGGAAACGCCAUACUACAUAAAAAUUGUGGCUACUGGCCCGGCAGGCAUUGGAGUGCCCUCCGAUAUCGUAGCAUUCGAAACCGUCAGUGGAGCGCCAGUUGAUGCACCGACGGAUGUUUUGCCAACCGUGGAAGAGGACAAUACGAUGGAUAUAUCCUGGACAGGACCAAGCGUUCCAAAUGGACCUAUUGUGGUUAGCAUCUCGAAAAUGUUGCAAAAAAUCCCUUCCUAG